CUCGAUAUCCUCGAAGAUGGAGUGAUAUCUGGUUCCUCGCAUUCUCGUCGAAGUUGAGUAUUCUAUUGUCGCAAGUUCUUCGUCCAUUUAAAUUCUUGUGUUCCAUUCGAAGAAGGCUUUCAGCUAUGGAAGAACUAGAUUUCGUGGUGAUCGGCGCCGGCUGGUUUGGCCUGGCAGCAGCCAAAACCUUUCACCAGAUAGACCCUGAGAAGUCUCUGGCCGUACUUGACUCGAGCUCAACCCUCGGUGGAGUAUGGGCACAACACCGCCUUUAUCCGGGUCUCAAGACCAACAACCUGCUGGGAAUGUACGAGUACCCCGACUUUCCCAUGGACACCGAAACAUUCGGCGUCAAGCCCGGAGAAUUCAUUCCUGGCCCUGUCUGCCACAAAUACCUGACCAAGUACGCUGAGAAAUUCGACAUCAUCGACAAGAUUCGCUGUGGCAACGAAGUGGAAUCAGCGGAGCAUCAAGAAAACGGUGGUUGGAUUCUGACUGUACUAAGCGACGUCACUGACGGCGCGACCCCCAAGGAGACCAAGAUCCUUGCAAAGAAGCUCGUCGUCGCUACUGGUCUGACAUCUCAACCUUUCCUCCCCCACAUCGACGGACAGGAAUCCUACGGUGCACCGCUUUUCCAUUGCAAGGACUUCCUCCAGCACGCGGACACGCUGGACAAAGCGAAGCGCGCAACCGUCUUUGGGGGGACGAAGAGCGCCUGGGACGCCGUAUACGCCUACGCCACCAAAGGCGUCAAGGUAGACUGGGUCAUACGCGCUUCCGGCCACGGCCCAUGUUGGUUUACUCCCUCCCACGUGACGCCACUGAAGAGAUGGCUUGAGGCACUGGUGCUUAUCCGAUUUUUCACCUGGUUCAGCCCUUGCAUCUGGGGAUUCGCGGACGGCUAUGCGGCCAUUCGGUCGUUCUUCAAUGGGACUGCUAUUGGGCGAGCUAUCACGGAUGCGUUUUGGUGGUUUCUUAGUAACGACGUCAUUAGACUGAACAAAUAUGAUUCGCACCCUGAAACCGCCAAGUUGAAACCUUGGACCCAGGCUAUGUUCUCGGCAUCCAGUUUCUCUAUCCUGAGCUACAGUACCGAUAUCUUCGAACUGGUCCGUAACGGCUCGGCCAAGAUCCAUAUUGCCGAUAUCACUCACCUAUCGCCCCACGCAGUCCACCUAUCCAACGACACUGUGCUCUCAUCAGACGCCUUAUCCUGCGCAACUGGGUGGAAGAUACUACCCGCCAUCAAGUUCCUCCCUGAGGGCAUCGACAAGGAGCUGGGGAUCCCGCACGCCCCCUCGCCCAGCGACCCCUACGACUUUAUCGAGAAGGCCGACAAGGAAAUCCUGGAGAAAUUCCCGCGCCUAAAGGACCAGCCCGUCAUAAACAAGCGCUACGCCCCGCUGCUCGACAACAAGGGCAUGUCUACAACUGACCACAUCAACCCCUCGACACCCCUCACGCCCUACAUGCUGCACCGCUUUAUGGUCCCCCCCUCACCGAAUCUCCUCGCCCGCCGCGAUAUAGCCUUCGCUGGGUUCCUCAUGCAUUUCACUAUCGUCCUAUCAGCACAUAUCCAGGCUCUGUGGAUCAAUGCCUAUUUCCGCGGCGGGGCGUCAAUCCCGGAUUGCACUUCUGCCGAGGCGAUGGACAAACUCAAGUACGAGACGGUGCUUUUCAGUAGGUUUGGCAAGUGGCGGUACUCGGGGGCCAACGGUGCUCGGUAUCCUGAUUUCGUGUUCGAUGUGAUGCCGUACCAUGAUCUGCUUUGCCGGGAUCUGGGCAUUGCGGUGCACAGGAAGAAGGGGAUGCUUGCAGAGCUGUUUGAGCCGUACGGACCUGAGGAGUACGCGAAUGUAGUUUCUGAAUGGAUGGAGAAACAGAAUUCAGUGAAGCACGGCUGACGGUUGCGAAGGACGACUGCGGGGGCCUGCUUGCAACUUGAUGAAUGACGACAUUUUCUUCAAGUGUUGUUGAUGGAAGCGCGACAUGUGGUUUACCUUCAACACGGAAACAUGAGACAUAUUGUUUUUUUCUCACGCUCGCGUAGCCGCUAGCUACGUGUAAAUUACGGUCGAGUAUACGAGAUCAGACUAGCACGGAACCAGAAAAAUGGAAAGCAAGGAUCGGAUCUCGUCAUUUCAUAUCCUUCAGCAUAUCAACGUAAGCUGAUGGCUUUCUUCUGCACAACAAAACAGUCGCGUCUUACCGCAAGAGCCCUCUUCCCAUAGGUGAGAAAUCAACUCACACUUGUAAGCGCGUCGCCGUUUCAGCCAAAGCGCCACCAUCCCAAAGGCCCGAAAUGACCAAGGAGGCGCAGCAUGCUUACGGCCAGUCUACCAAAGAAAUUUCGUCACUGUCGCUGUCCGUGCCUUGCGUGA